AUGCACCUUAUGUACACCUCGGACGAGAAGGGAAACCGAAUCUACACUCUCAAAAAGGUGACCGCUGCCAACAAGCCCACCAAGUCUGCCCACCCCGCCCGAUUCUCUCCCGAUGACAAGUUCUCCCGACACAGGGUUACUAUCAAGAAGAGAUUCGGUAUCCUCCCCACCCAACUCCCUAGCAAGCCUUUAUAA